GAUCGUUUGACAGUACAGAGUAUUUGUGUUUAAAAAUAUCGUAAUUUUCCGGUAUUUAUAAUAACAUAUACAUCGAAUUGUCAAAAUCAGCUGUAACAGUGUUGUGUUUGUCGGACUGUUUACAAAAGUUAGCUGGACAUUGCGUUCUUUUUCGGUGAUUAUGAAAAGUUUUUUCCACCCUCUGAAGUAGAUUUUGCAUCUCCUAGAAAAAAGGAAGAUGGGCAUUUUCGUAGAUUUCCUCACUGGUUACAUGUUAAACGAUAGUUUAUGAUAGGACCAUGAAAAAUGAGCAGAAAUGUUGAUGGUGUAGCGAAAGCCGACGACGACCGAAGUGACAAUCCUCCGAUGCCGGGGCCCAAUCCUAAAGUAGUUCGCACCGUUAACGGUUCGGAAGUUAGUAGGAAUAACAUUAUUUUCCUGCGAAGCACAAAAUCUUUAGACGCGGGUCAUAUCCUGCUGCGAACUGAUCAACUAGUCAAAAAUAAUAUCUUGGUCGACGAUGGCGCGGAACCCAAAAUCGGCCAGAUUCUGAUCCAACCCGCCGAUUUUAAGAAGGGCGUUUUUCUUCACGGGGUUAAAAGGUUGGGCGCCAGUACACCGAUAUUUCUGCUGAGCGGGGCGGAAUCCGGUAGCCAGUUAAUUAUUCAUACCGCUCCCGAUGCGGCGGUGCCAUCUGUCCGAGGAUGCGUCGAAGGGGGUGAAGAUAAUGUCACAUCAAAAACAGUAACUCAGUCGUUGGAAGUAGUUCAAGAUAGGGAAGCUGGUUGUAGUAGCGGCAGUAGCAGCCGAGGUGGUUCUACGCCAGUCGGUUCAGACGGGGAGCCCAUCAAAUUGCCCGAAAACUUGGAGAGCCUUCCGCGAGCUGACCACUUUCCCACCCAGAGGCACCGCUGGAAUACGAAUGAGGAAAUCGCCGCCAUCCUUAUCAGCUUUGAUCGUCAUGCAGAAUGGCAGAGCAAGGAAGUCAAAAUCAGGCCAAAAAGCGGUUCAAUGCUGUUGUAUAGCAGAAAGAAGGUUCGAUACCGUAGAGACGGAUAUUGCUGGAAGAAGAGGAAAGAUGGGAAAACCACCCGCGAAGAUCACAUGAAGCUGAAAGUACAGGGAACCGAAUGUAUAUACGGAUGUUACGUCCAUUCGGCCAUUUUACCCACUUUCCACAGAAGGUGUUACUGGCUUCUCCAGCAGAAUCCAGACAUCGUCUUGGUGCACUACCUUAACGUACCCUACCCUGACGACAACAAACUGGCGGUCAUAACACCGAGCUUGGCGCUGUGGGCUGAUAAAAAAGAAUGGACCAAAGACGAAUUAGUAUCCCAACUGAAACCGAUGUUUUUCAGUGAAGAUGAGCCGGACAUUAACAACGAAUUGGAGAUAUCGAAUUUUAAAUUACAGACUGCUGAAACCGUCGAAGCAAUCGUCAGCCAGUUGAUGGAAAAGCAGAGAGUGGCGCGACAAGCUGCCCUAGUUAAGCAACUAGAGUGUGGUUGCCCAGAUUCAACUUGCGCCGACGGCAAAAGCUGUUCCCACCCGAUGAGAAGAAUAACGUCCGCCAAAGAAAUAUCUAGUUCACCAUUACCUAGUUCUAGUGUUAACUCGAGAAAUUCAAAUAAUCUGGAUAGUAGUAAUCAAGUUUCUUCCACCACCGGAUGCGGUUCCCUGCACGUAACCAAUAACAAUUCCCACAAUUCUCCCAGGAUAUAUUCGCGAGAGUCCAGAAACAACCAAGCCAGUCAAAAUAGCAAUAAUUGUUCCUCUAGUUCUGGAAACACUCCGCCUCUUGUGCUUAGUUUAUCCCAGAUACAAGGAGGGGGAGGUUUACUCAUCCUCAAUAGCAACACUAAUAAUUCUAGUCAUCAAAACCUAGUCAACCCCGUAUCAGUUGCUAACUUCAUGUGCAACACCAAUAGGUCUGUCAAAGAACAAAGAAGUCAUCUAGUAUUAAAACAGGAAGUGAUGGAAACCAGUCCGCCUUCUUGUCUUCUAUCAUCUACGAAACAGGAAACCAAACCCACUCAAAGGGAAAAUAAAAUGGAAGUCAACGAAAAUGUCCGACAAUCAGUUUUUGAUGGUGCAAACAUAUAUGGAAAUGUGACACAAAGGCAACUUCUUUUCAGAAGCCAUCAAAAUCAGCAUCAAACCGAAGUAGUAAUGUCUAGUGCCCCGUCGACCCCCUCAAAGCACAUGGACACGACCCACGAAGAUGUUGUAGAAGAUUACAAGCAUCAGAACUUCUGCGACGACACGGUAGUUCUCUUAGGCACGGAUUCUAGCGGAUCCUUAGUUAGCAAAAGCGACGGUUCUUCCAUUAUUAAUGGGGGGUUCUUUAACGAGACUUUAGAUCUGUCCCAAGAGGACAUUCAAAGAACCCUCUCAGCCAAUAUGCCCAUGUGUUCAUCUGAUUUAGAAAACCACGCGAGUCACAAUUCGAAUACAAACAACGCAAACCAGCAAUCUAAAAAACGAUCUCAACAACAGAAUUUGACUGGUGAUAUAAAUCCUAUGGAUUUCAUCGACACGUGCGAUGUAGUAGUGUCGCCGACUCAUGUCGUUGAUGAUGACGUAUUCGUUAAUUUGGAUGCUUUUGAUAUGCUUGGGGAGUUUCCCGAUCUAGAAGGCUUAGAGUCUAGUCACGCUGCCUUGUUAGAUGUCAGUCCGUCCGAAGCAAGCAGAAAUAACGGAAAAGCCCAAACAGAUCAUCAACAGCAUCAGCACCAUCAGCAACAUCAGAAUAAUAAUCACUCUAUGGAAGGUGGGGUUAAAAUUACUGAUUACUCCCCUGAAUGGGCCUACCCUGAAGGAGGAGUCAAAGUUUUAGUUACCGGACCGUGGCAUUCAUCAGGACCGUACACCGUACUUUUUGAUACAUUCCCCGUUCCCACCACGCUAGUUCAAAGUGGAGUUUUGCGAUGCUAUUGCCCAGCUCAUGAAGCCGGGCUGGCUACACUCCAAGUAGCAUGUGACGGAUAUGUGAUUUCCAACUCUGUGAUAUUCGAGUACAAGUUACCACGAAAAGAAGAGCAAGUUGCGACGGCGGAACCGAAAAUAGAACGAUCCAAUGACAAUUUACUUAAAUUUACUUUACUUCAAAGGUUAGAAGCCAUGGACGAUAGACUGCAAAUUAAGCAGGAACCAAUCGAUAAUGAUGUGGUUGAAGAUACAGCUCUAUUCAGCCAAGCUAAUUUUGAAGAUCGACUGGUUUCAUUUUGCCAGAACAUGACGUCUAGAAUAUGGAAAUUUGGAGAGGAACUAAGUGUCUCCUGGUUUGCGAGCCACCGGGGGAUGACCCUGCUUCACUUAGCUGCUUCUUUGGGUUAUUCGAGAUUGGUGUGCGCGAUGCUACACUGGAGAGCAGAAAAUUCAUCCUUACUUUUGGAAACCGAAGUGGAUGCCUUAAGCCAGGAUGAAUUUGGUUAUACGCCCCUGAUGUGGGCUUGUGAAAGAGGCCACACUGAAACUGCUAUCAUGCUGUAUAAGUGGAAUCACACUGCAUUGAACAUUAAAAAUAAGCAAAGACUGUCAGCUCUGGAUUGUGCUAAAUCCAACAACCAUUCCGACUUGGUUGAAGAAUUGGAGAAGUUAGAAAUCAGAAGAGAAAAGGCAAAUAUGCUUUUGCAUUCAAAUCAGUCAUCAGUGGAGAAUACUUCUCCGACAGUUAUCUCCCCAGCAAGUUCCACGGCUUCCCUAGCAUCUAUUUCCUCAACUAGUAAAUCUCACGAUGGUGUGUUUCUUCGUCCGGGAGCUGUGACGAGGAGUGAAUACCAAAAAUCGAAGAUGCUUAACAUCGACAUAGAUGCUGACAAAUUUCUGAUGUCUUCUCCCAGUCCUCUUCUAUCGGAUUUUCCAUCUAGUGUCAGAGGUAGCAAUGGUCAGAAACUUAUUAAGAGACCUUCAAUAGACAGCGGAAUACAUAUGAGUUGCGGAUCCGCUUCUGAAAACAUUCGACCAAAGAGUUCGAAGAUGUCGGGUACCCGAGAAACGUUAAAGUUGUCAAACAGGAACGACAGAAGUAUGUCACUUCCAAUCCAUUCUGCACUAUCCACAAGAGAGACCUCAUUUGACUCAGAUUCGUCAGAAUCUGUAGGAAGAAAAAUGGAUUUUGCUCUGUGCGAAUUAAGCAGUGGCCCUCGAAGCAGUAGUCCCCUCAUUGACGUAGAAGCUGUCUCGGAUGAGGACGAAAAUGGCCUUCGCAACAGUAAUAGUGUAGGGGAGCAAGAUGCUAGAGUGCUAACUCUUGCAGAGCAAAUCAUUGCUGCAAUGCCUGAUCGAAUAAAGAACGAGAGCGAAGACAUGCUGAUGGAAAAUAGUCCCGGACCACCCGACAGUCAACAGCCUACAGAUACAUUGUACGACGUUUUUAUGGAACCACUUCUUGAGCAAUCCUCAUCAAGCUUCGAAUCAGCAGAGUUCAAUUUCGAAUUUUCUGAUCACAACUAUAGGUAUUAUGACGUGGGGACGCCACAAUCUAGUCUUAGUCCCGCUUCAUCAAGCUGCCUCCAAUCACCGUGCUCCUUUACACUUGAUUCGCCAUCUCCCCCACCUACAACAGCUGACUUCUGCGAAUUCCUGCAAGCUUCUGGCACAGUAUUUGAAAAGGACUUUUCGAAUUUAACUCUUUCGGAUCGCGAGCAGCGCGAAUUGUACGAAGCCGCAAAAACUAUUCAAAAAGCCUAUCGUUCCUAUAAAGGUCGGCAACAGCAAGAACAAGACAAAGAGCGUCAAGCUGCCGUGAUAAUACAAAACUACUAUCGGAGAUAUAAGCAGUAUGCCUACUAUAAGCAGAUGACCCAUGCCGCUACUGUUAUUCAGAAUGGAUUCAGGUCAUAUUGUGAACACAAACGAUUUAAGAAAAGUCAAGAAGCUGCCGUAUGCAUACAGAAUUACUACCGUAACUAUAAAGAACAGGGGGGCAGGGGCAGCCGCGAAGGCACGCCCGCUAGCACUGGUCUCAAGCGUACUUACUCUCAAAGGAGGCAACAUCAAGCCGCCAGGAAGAUCCAGCAGUUUAUGAGACAAUCAAAAAAUAAUAUUUGGGAUGAACCGAUGAGUACUACAACUGUGAUUGCAGAAAGAACGAGCCGAAAAAGAGAAGCAGGAGGUCCCGUCAGCGGAUGUCCACCAAAAGUUACAAUCUCAAGGGGCAUCUUCCAGUUGCACAGACCCAAAUAACAGCAGAUCAAAUAGUACAGAGUAGCUGCAGUCAGACGAUUCAAGAUCUGGAAGUGAUAGACGCAAGUAUUAAAACAACCAUUGGUAGAGCAGGUAUAUAAUUUUGUAAAUUAAUAUGCUAUAGUAGUGGUACCCGACCGAUAUAUUCUUAUAUCUUUACAAUGUCUAUUUUGGCUGUUAUUUAAUAGUUUUAUAAUGCAUUUAUAAAUUAAUGCAAGGAUCGACAACAAAAGUGAGAUGAUUUUAGACGUUGUAUGAUAUAUUUUAAUUAUGUUUGACCGUGAAAAUUAAAAGCUGUGAUGUAGCCUACCGUUUGCGUUUCUCUCAGAAAAAAAAACAGAACGCCUAAUCAAAAUUUUUUGUUUGUUAUACAUAUGUACAAAUCAGAGUUAUAUAUUUCUUUCAGAAUUAUUCAUUGUAAACGAUUACGAAAUGAUAGUAAAUGUACUUAUUGGGUCUAUAUUUUUUGUUGCGCGGGCCAAAACAUCCUGUUCGUAGUUCCGCGUACGAAAUGUAGACUCACAUGAUAUGCGUGUGAAAAGGUCUAGUCUUAGAAAUUUGAUUUGUACAUUGUGGAUCAUUAAAAAUCUACUUAUCUUGUUUACAACUGUUUUUCACUGCCAAUAUAGCUUAAACUUGUUUGGAUCUUCAUUUAUAAAGCAAUAUAAAAUGGUGUUUAGUAGCGCUGGAAGUUUGAUGUUUUUUACAUCGCAAUAUUUCAUUGACUAUUGUUCAGCUCUAGUAUUGACUAAAUCUACUAGCUACUUACUUUUAUAGCGUUAAUAAGUUGCGGCUUAUUUAUCUUAACCAUUGAAAAUUGGAAAAGUACAAAAAUACAACUUAUUUAGUGUAAAAAACUUCAAAGCGUCGGCUUAACUUUCUAAAUAAUAUUAUAUAAAGUUCGCUUAUACAUAUCAUUCUAGAAUAAUAUACGAAAUGAAUAUUUUUAAAAACGUAUAACCUGCUGUACAAUGACGGGAUACUUAAAAUGUGAAAAUCUGGAGUGUAAAUAGGAUGUAUUAUCGGUGCUCAAUGGGAAAAAAUGUGUAUUAUGUAAGCACAAGAGUUACUUUGUUUUUCGGCAGUAUUUAGUCAAUUACGCAUAAUGCACGAAAGUACAGUUUGACUAUUGAUUGAGAGUACCUGAAGGCAGGAUUGAGUCGGCGGAAUACUUAAUGAGAAAUUCCCUCCUUUUGUAUAAAGUCAUUAUUUAACUUUUAAAAAGAUUAUUCUAGUUUUAAAAUAAUCUUAUUCUAGAUUAAAAAAAUGUCUGGAGUACAUAUUGUACAUUAUGAAUGUUGUUGAACUAUACAUAAACAAAAAGUAAAAAUAUUGAAAGAAGCUUAUGAAAUUUACUCCCGGAAGCAUCUUUAUAGGUAUAGGCUAAUGGUUUCAAAUUUAGAUAGCAAAUUUAGGAUAAUUAGACUUUAAAAAUAUUUUAUAAUCAAAAACACUGUCCAGCAAGUGAAAAUUCUCCACAAAUAUAUUCGCAAAUCCAGAAAUUCAUACUUAGAACAACAGCUCUUUAUUAUCACCAAAUCGAAAAACAAUGCUUGUAUAAGGUGAUCAAACUGCAAAAUUUCACCUUUUAUUCGAGUCCAAUAAGUUUUCACUUUGAAAAGAGAAAAAUAUGUUUUCGUGUCGAGUGCUCCUUCAGUUAUAAUUUACUAACCCAAAAUGAUGAUAGCCACAGAGUUUGUUCCAAGUAUGAACAGGACUUUAAGAAAUACAUUUGAAAACAAUCAAAAAUCAAAACAAUCCCUAGUAGCUAAGUUCCAAAAUGCGUAUGACCGUAAGAAAUAAAACAGAUACCGAACUAGUCGAGGGAGAAGCUAAUAACUGUAAAUAAAGGACGCGCUUGAACCUUAAAACAAAAGAGAGAUAGAAAAUUUAACACCAAAAAUAUAUCGAAGAACAUGUAAAUUUGUAUUAAACAACAGUACCUAGAAAUUAAAAAGUUUUAUUGGACAAUUAUAUUCGAUUUAAAUUUUAUAUCUACUAGACAGUUAUAUUAAACAAGUGUAUUAAAAAUAUACUGUAGUGAGAGGAAAUAUUUUAAUGAACAUAUUUAUUUCCUAUUUAAUAAUUAUGGUAAGCUUUAAAAACAGACCUAUAUACAGUUGAAACAAAAGAUGAUAGUAUUUAUUACAUAGGCAAUUUCGACUAUUAAUACAUAGUUUUGGAAUGUACCGAUUAUUUUUUGCUAUGUGUAUGUGACGCUAUCGAAACUGCAAGGCAAGGGCGAGAAAUCUAGCGAUAUAUUUUUAUUUAUUUUGGAAAAAAAAUCUUUGAUGUAUUUCCAAACCUUUCGGAAAUUUGCAUUUGCCGAGCACAUAAUAAAUGUAAUUCCCACUUAAUAAGGAUACAGAAUUAUUCAAGAUUCCCUUUCAUUUUAAGAUAUUUCCAGGGUUGUACGAUUUCUGGUUACACAAGUAGUCGCCAUCAACUUCUUUAUUUCGAAUGGAUCCCUCAGAAUAUUAUCCCUUUUUUGGAUUCCUGAUAUUCGUUUUGGCACUUUUAACCAUUUUGGACAAUGCUUGUCUGUAUGCCUAUUUUCCAUUUGUUAUUCCAAAAUAGCGGAUGUUUGAAAUUCAAAUCUCAUCAUUGGGUUCUCGAAAACUGUAAGAUAUACAAGGCAGCUCAAAUUAGGAUAAAAUUGUGUCUCGAUGAGCCCGAUAAAUUAUAUUGCUCGUAUUUCCGGAAAUAUGACGGAAAAACUAACAUUCCCCUAUUUCAAUUGUUCUGUUGAAUUAAGAAAAUAUGUAGUGAUUAAAAAAAAAUUGCUGUGUUUCCGAGUGUGAAAUAAAUAAAAGUACUGACGCUACGCUAUUUUCUCGCCGCCCUUGCCGUCGACUUUUAUAGCUCAGAGUCUUCAAAAAGAACUUUGCGGUUAUUUCACAAACCAGACGCCAAACCCAGCCAGAACAAGAUAUUACUAUCCGAGUGUUAAUUGACUGAACAUGUCGUUGUCAAAAACGAAGAAAUUAAUAUUGUAAAAAAUCUGGCUAAAUGAAUACAGUAUGUAAAAGCAAAAUAGUCGGUACGAAAAACAUAGCCUGUAGAUGCACAGUACCUAUAUAUAUUAUAAUUACUACCUGUUCAUUAUCCAUUAGGAGUUGACAAAUUGUUAUGUAUACACACUUCGAACCCUCUGUAUAUUGCAAAUAUACAUGAUCACUGUAUUUUCACAAUUAAUGGUUACUAUUGUGCACUCGCGUUAAAUCUUUAAUUUUGUUGUUUAUGACUCGUGCUUAAGUAGUUAACAGUAUUUGUUACAUUUGUCGACCUGAAUAUUUAUAUGCAUAGUAUGCAUAUGCUUAGAGAUCAGAUCAAUUUGGACACUCAAUUUCUAGGGCAAGGUACCUCAAACGAGCGAAAUUAAAAAUAUCGAAAACCAUCUUCAUACUACAUUUUAUUAUUAUGUCUUCAAGAAUUUAAAAAUUAUGAAAGAAUUAUACAGUAUUUUGCUGGUAAGAAACCCCUUUGUGAUGUUUUAGAUGUAGUGAGAACAAUUUUGAUCCAAUCUCCAAGUAUUGAACUUAAAAGUUGUUAUAUUUCAGUUGUUAAUCAAGUCACUUAUUUUUACUAUUAUGAAAAUGUUCAUGUAAAUUAUUCUCAUGUCAUUCCAUGAAGUUGUUUGAAUUCAAAAAAAUAUUUUGAUACUGUACUUAUGUAC